AUGUGUGUUUUAGGAGUAUCGGUUGGGACCUACUCGCAGUACUUCACAUCCUGGGUGUGCCUAUUGUUCCAGGAGUUGAGACCAUUGAACCCAUUUCCUGCUAGGGACAUCAUUCAAAGGAACAUGCCUUCUUGUUUUCACUCUUUUCCCAAUUUAAGAGUUAUUUUAGAUUGUACAGAAAUAUUUGUUCAGAAAUCAAGUAGUCUUGUUAAUAAAAAUCUGUCUUUUUCACAUUAUAAACAUCACACCACUGUUAAGUUUCUUAAUGGUUUUACUCCUUCGGGUGUUAUUUCCCUUGUUUCAGAAGGAUUUGAUGGGAGAGUCUCUGAUCGGCAGAUAACUGAGAAGUCUCUACUCCUUGACAUGCUUGAGGAAGGGGAUGGGGUUAUGGCAGAUAAGGGUUUUACCAUUGCAGAUAUGCUAGAGAAAAAGGGCUGUACUUUAAAUAUUCCUCCUUUUCGUUCAUCUUCUUCUCAGUUUUCCUCUCAAGAUGUGAUAAAAACUCAAGAAAUUGCUAAACUAAGAAUACAUGUUGAAAGAGCAAUAGGUCGUGUUAAAAAUUUUCAUAUAUUUGAUGGUGUACUUCCUCUUUGGUUAGCACCAUUAGUGUCACAGAUGUUCUCUGUCUGCUGUUGGAUUACCAAUCUUGAUGUACCUUUGGUUGAGAGUUAAAGUUUUCUUCAGACAAGACCAGAUCUUUCAUCCCUUUUUCCAAAGGAUCCUCGGUCGUGCCAACUUCCACGUCAUUUUGCGCCUCAGGAGCUUCGUCAGGAAUGUUCCACAGCUGAGCCAUGCCUGAA